CUCACACACACACACACACACACACACCCGGUCCCCGCUCGAUCCUAAUCCCACGCUAUGUAGACAGGUUCAGAAUCAAGAGAGCGCGUUUUCUUGGGAAGACGUGGCGUGAACCGGUUUAGUGUUUUCUCUCCCGGUUAUGGACAACAUUUGAGAGGGAGAAAAGAAAGCCGAACCGAGGGAAAAAACGAAUGUCUAGACUUCUCUACGACAACAUCAUGGACUCUUCUCUCCUCUCAGUCGUUACGCUGGUCGUUGUUUUCACCUCCUCUUCCUACUCUCUUUCCUCCUCCUCCUCCGACGUCGUUCCCUCUCCUUCCUUCAUUCCACCGUUUACCGACUGUAUCCAGAGCCGCGGGAGAGACCGGUUCUACCAGGGAGCCGUGGACGUAACGGAGUCCGGUGCGGUGUGUAUGAGGUGGAGCGAGGUAGCUGGGUUUGAGGAGCGCUAUCCCGGUAAAGGACUAGGGGAUCAUAACCGGUGUCGGAACCCGGACAACAGAAUCAGACCCUGGUGUUUCUUCAAGAACAGCCGCGGCAGAACCGACUGGGGCUACUGCGACUGUAAACAAGGGUCAGUGCGCCUGCAGGGCGGCCGCUCUAAGCUGGAUGGCAGGGUGGAGGUGUAUCUACAGGGGGUCUGGGGGUCUGUCUGUAGUGAUGACUGGGGAGACCAGGAUGCUACGGUGGUCUGCAGACAGCUGGGACAGGGUUUCUCUGGGCGAGCGCGCUCCUCCGCCCCAUCUCCUCGAGGGGGUGUGGUCAGAAUGCACUGGGGGGCGGUCCACUGUCAGGGGGAGGAGCCUGAUAUACUCCACUGUCCCAGUGUUCCAUUGAGCGGAGGGGAGUGUCCCCAAGCUGCUGCCGUCACCUGUAGCCCAAUGGAAGUGGUGCCAGUGAGGUUGGUGGGAGGGGCGUCAGCGUGGGAGGGGCGUGUUGAGGUGUUCCACGGGGGCGUGUGGGGAACCGUCUGCGACGACCAAUGGGAUGAGAGCGACGUGGAGGUUGUCUGUCGACAGCUGGGCCUGGGGGGUGUAGCGCGAGCGUGGGGCCAGGCGUAUUUCGGUGCGGGGUCAGGCAGGGUGUGGCUGGAUGAGGUGCGCUGCACGGGGAACGAGCUGACCCUGGAACAGUGUCCUAAAGCUGCCUGGGGAGAACACAACUGUUUCCACUCUGAAGACGCAGGGGUCUCCUGUUCCCCUCUGCCUGGUGUCCCGGUGAGGCUGGUAGGAGGGGAGAGCGUUAAGGAAGGGAGAGUAGAGUUGUACCUCCAGGGGGAAUGGGGGACGGUGUGUGACGAUGGAUGGACAGACGUAAACGCAGAGGUGGUGUGUCGACAGCUGGGAUACAGUGGAGUGGCGAAGGCCCGUGUGAUGGCGUAUUUUGGCGAGGGGGAGGGGCCUAUCCAUGUGGACAACGCGAAGUGUUCUGGCGAGGAGCGUUCGUUGGUCGACUGCCUCAAACAGCCAACCGGGUCGCAUGACUGUCGCCAUAGCGAAGACGCCGGGGUCAUCUGUGACUACGGCCAAUCACGGUUCAGCGACGCAGAGGGCAAAGAUCCGGGGGAGUCUGUGUUAGAUCCUGUCUGUGGGUUGAGGCUGAUACAAACACGCCAACGCAGAAUCAUAGGAGGAGAAAACUCACUGAGGGGAGGCUGGCCAUGGCAGGCUGCGCUGCGUCUCAGAGGCUCUCGGGGGGACGGAAGGUUGGUGUGUGGAGCGACUCUCAUCAGUUCCUGUUGGAUCCUCACCUCAGCUCACUGCUUUAAGAGGGAUGGUAACGGUACUAAACAAUACAAGGUGAGGGUAGGGGACUACCAUUCUCUGGUUCCCGAGGAGUUUGAGAGGGAGUACGCCGUCGAUCAGAUCGUCCUGCACCCUAGCUACCGUUCCCACAGCAACGACUACGACCUGGCCUUGGUGCGUCUGUCGCCGGGAGCGGCGGGGAAGGGCCGCGGUCGAUGCGUGGAGUUCAGUCGGCACGUCCUGCCCGCCUGUCUGCCGCUACGCAAGGAGAGAGUCCUGAAACUGGCUUCCAACUGUCACAUCACAGGCUGGGGGGACACAGGUCGGUCCUACUCCAAGACCCUCCAGCAGGCUCCUCUCUCCCUCCUCCCCCGUCGUCACUGCCAACAGCGUUACCACGGAGCCUUCACCAGCCGCAUGCUCUGCGCCGGGACGGACGGCCAAUCAGAGCGCCGCGUGGACAGUUGCCGUGGAGACAGCGGCGGCCCGUUGGUGUGCGAGCGUCCGGGCGGAGGGUGGGUGGCGUACGGCGUGACGUCAUGGGGUCACUCCUGUCGCACGCAACACUCACCUGGGGUCUACACUAAAGUCUCCGCCUUCACACCCUGGAUACACAAGGUGAUUGGACAAUGAGGGGGAUACAGGAAGUGGAUCUGCAAAGUGAUUCGCCGACAAUGGGAAGAAUGCAGGAAGUGGAUCUGCAAGGUGUGGAUUGGACAAUGGGAUAAGGGCAUGAAGAGAUGACAGCCAAUGUGAGACAGUGGUAGAUAACGGACUGGCCAAUUGAGAAGGACUAUAUUUUGGAGCUUGUGAUUUGAUUGGUCAGUAAAUAAGUGGUUUAAAACCAAGUGAAAGGCUUGACCAAUCUCACCCCUGUCUCUCUUUCAUAUCCACCCCCUCCCCCAUUUACCCUCUCUCUCUCCCUCUUUUCCUCUCUCCCUCCUCUUUCCCUCUCUCCCUCUUUCCCUCCCUCUCUCCCUCCUCCUUCCCUCCCUCUCUCCC